CUCAUUACAUUUGCUUCAGUUGAUUGGCUUUGCGCGAUCGAAUACAAUCAAUGGAGAUUCAGGCGAUUUCCCUUGCCGGCGCAGGCGACCGGCCAAAACCAAUCCCUAAGCGCUUCGUGAAGAACCAGAUACCGGACUCAAUCCUCAACGACGCAUCCCUCAACGCCGCCAUAUCUCUGCUCCCAUCCAACUACAACUUCGAGAUCCACAAGUGCGUCUGGCGACUCCGCUCCGUCAAGCCCCGCCGCCUCGCUCUCCAGCUCCCCGAGGGACUCCUCAUGUACUCCCUAAUCCUCGCCGACAUCUUCACCGCCUUCUCCGACGUCGACCAUUGCUUCGUCCUCGGCGACGUCACCUACGGCGCCUGCUGCGUCGACGACUUCUCCGCCGUGUCCCUCGGCGCCGAUUUGCUCAUCCACUACGGCCACAGCUGCUUGGUCCCCAUCGACAACACCAAAAUCCCUUGCCUCUACGUCUUCGUCGAGAUCAAAAUCGACGUGAACCGCUUGAUCGACACAAUCAAGCUCAACUUCACCGACAAAGGCAUCAUCCUCGCCGGGACGAUUCAAUUCGCGGGAGCAAUAAGGGAAACGAAGCCCGAGUUAGAAAGCCACGGGCUUCAGGUUCUGGUUCCUCAGGCUAAACCGCUCUCCUCCGGCGAAGUUUUGGGAUGCACGGCGCCGAAAGUUACUCCCACUGCUUUGGGGAGCUGUAAUUUGAAAGACGCCGUUGUGGUGUUUGUGGCCGACGGCAGGUUUCAUCUGGAAGCUUUCAUGAUCGCAAAUCCUGCAAUCAAGGCGUUCAGGUACGAUCCUUACUUGGGCAAGCUGUUUUUGGAAGAGUACGAUCAUGUGGGAAUGAAAGAGAAUAGGAAGAAAGCGGUCGAGAAGGCGAAAACUGCUAGGAGUUUCGGGCUUGUUCUUGGGACAUUGGGGAGGCAAGGGAAUCCUAGGAUUUUAACUAGGCUGGAGAAGAAGUUGAGAGACAGAGGAUUUACUUACAUGGUUGUCUUGAUGUCCGAGAUUAGUCCUACUAGAAUCGAACUGUUUGAGGAUUGUGUCGAUGCUUGGAUCCAGAUUGCAUGUCCUAGGCUAUCUAUUGACUGGGGGGAUGCAUUCCGUAAGCCGAUUUUAACACCUUUCGAGGCAGAAAUUGCACUUGGGGAUGUCAAGGGCUGGUGGGAGAAGAAGACUACUUUGGUAACAAAUUCAGGGUGCGGCAAUGGUUUGGGAUGUGGGAAAAGGGAUGAUGGAGCUUCUUGUUGUUCUGGUAAUGCAGUUAGUCAGGCCGAUGAUGAGUUCGGAGGAGAUUACCCGAUGGACUACUAUGCACAGGACGGUGGUGAAUGGAACUCGUCCUAUGCAAAGAAAGCAACUCGCCGCCCUGUUAGAAGGAACGCUGUUCCUCCUGUUGAUAGCAAUGCUGCUUCUUAGGCAUGGAAUGAACCAAGGCAGUGGACCUUACAAGUCUGUUCUUUAUGUGUGUACACAGCAAGAACCUCCAUUGAUGAACUGACAUAUGUAUGUGGCUUCCUUAAGCUGUGUUCAUCAGCUGGCAGCUUUAUUCAUUUCACCAUCUGAUCACGAGUCACGAAGGUCUGUUGCCUGCUCUGCUCCACUCAGUAAAGAACCUUGGCCAUAUCUAGAAGACUGGUUUCACUGCAGAUUGUUCCUCUCUAUGAUCUAUGAUCUAUGAUCUAUCAUAUAUAGAGGAGCAGGGUUGUUUCGAAUCUUUAAAGUUUCCAUUAGAGCUACUGUUUUGUUUUUCCUGACAAAGUUCAAUAUUAUGAACUGUUGACAUGCAAUGGAUCAUCGGAACAAUGUGAGAAUGGCAUCUCUGUUUUAUAUUCUCAAGUUGCUUGUUCCUUCAUCCCUUCAUUAAUUGCAAUCAAGCUGAUCGGAGUAGGCGUCAUCACGAACUAAUGCUCUCGGAUUACACAAUCCAACGACGAGUUUAGUCGACAUCUUUGCACCUUGAGAGCAUCAGUCUUUACACCUUGAGCUUGCAAUUGCCCCUCUCCUAGAGGAGGCCAUUUGUGUCACUUUACUCGAUAGGAAACGGGUGCAGUCGGUUGAUAAUUCCCGCGCAAAACUCGCCCUUCCUCUCCUCCCUCCACAGCUUUCUCUUUGUCUCUCUGUCUCUGUCAUUCUCUCUCUCUCUCUCUCUCUCUCUCUCUCUCUCUCUGUCUCUGCCAAUAUUCACCUCAACUUUCUCCACCUCUGGUUCCGAUUCUCAGAGACCAAACAAACAGAACUCCUUUUCCUUUUCCGCUUCCUCAUCCGAUCUUCACAUCAAACAAGAAAAGAAGGGAAAACGAGAGAAUCAAGAACCAGUCAUUGC